CCUUCAUUUGCUUGUUAUCCCACAAUACAAAUGGGUUUGGGCUAACCCAAAGGAGGAAAAGGAUGGAAAAGUUGGGCCUCACCAGCUUGGCCUUGCCCCAUAUGGAAUUGAUUUUGGGACCCGGAUCCACUCCCCUUCUCAAUCCAGCGAACGGCUCCACUUUCCAUCUCCCUCUGCUCAUCUUCUUGGAAGAGGAAUCGGGG